GGCACCCUAGGGGACCGUUCUCGGUGACGGCCGGGGUGGGCCAGGGGUCGAGGUGUUUUGUGGGUCCGGGACGGGGGUUGGGAGCUGCCCCUGCUAACCCACCCUCGUCUGAGAGGCCGCGAGGUUUCGGCUUGAGAUCCCGUGAAGGCGAGAAAUCUCGCGAUUUCUCGGGAGAGGAAUCGGUUAGGAGAAGGGGGAUUCCUCAUUCAGCUGUGCGCUCUGAUUUCGUGCGCUUCCUCGUCCUUCAUGUUGGAUGGCCAGUUUUUCGUUUGUGCGUCAUCCUCUACCUGAGAAAUGGUCGCUUGCCCCUAGUCUAGACACGCAUUGAAGGGCAGUAUUUAAAGUCAGUUUGCAAGCAGUGGAAUAAGAUUUUUGUAAAGAAACCUUGUGCAGCAUGGAUUCUCUACCAGAUGAAUUUUUUGUGAGGCAUCCUGCUGUGGAGGAUCAGAGGAAGGAAGAAACUGAGAAUAAGCUAGAAAAAUCAUCUGGUCAACUGAACAAACAGGAAAAUGACAUACCUACUGAUCUUGUCCCUGUUAACCUACUAUUAGAAGUGAAGAAGUUAUUAAAUGCAAUUAAUACUCUACCAAAAGGUGUGGUUCCUCACAUUAAGAAGUUCUUACAAGAAGAUUUUUCCUUCCAAACUAUGCAGAGAGAAGUUGCAGCUAACAGCCAGAAUGGUGAGGAAAUUGUUCCUGCUUUGACUUUACGUUUCUUGAUUACACAGCUAGAAGCAGCACUUAGGAACAUUCAAGCUGGCAAUUAUACUGCACACCAGAUUAAUAUUGGUUAUUAUUUGACAUUACUGUUUUUAUAUGGAGUAGCACUCACUGAAAGAGGAAAGAAAGAGGAUUAUACAGAAGCUGAGAAUAAAUUUCUGGUGAUGAAGAUGAUGAUCCAAGAAAAUGAAAUUUGUGAAAACUUUAUGUCUUUAGUUUAUUUUGGACGUGGUUUACUGCGAUGUGCUCAAAAGAGAUAUAAUGGAGGACUGCUAGAAUUUCAUAAAAGCUUACAAGAAAUUGGAGACAAAAAUGACCAUUGGUUUGACAUAGAUCCUACAGAAGAUGAAGAUUUACCUACAACUUUUAAAGAUCUUCUUAAUAAUUUUAUCAAGAAAACUGAAAGCAAUAUAAUGAAGCAGACGAUUUGUAGUUACCUAGAUUGUGAACGAUCUUGUGAAGCUGACAUUUUGAAGAACACCAGUUAUAAGGGAUUUUUUCAGUUAAUGUGCAGUAAAAGUUGCUGUGUUUAUUUCCAUAAAAUUUGCUGGAAAAAGUUCAAGAAUUUAAAGUAUCCAGGUGAAAAUGAUCAGAGUUUUAGUGGGAAAAAAUGUUUGAAGGAAGGAUGUACAGGUGACAUGGUAAGGAUGCUGCAAUGUGAUGUACCUGGAAUUGUUAAAAUUUUGUUUGAAGUUGUGAGAAAGGAUGAAUAUAUCACCAUUGAAAAUUUAGGAGCAAGUUAUAAAAAGUUGAUAUCUCUGAAAAUAACUGAUACUGAUAUAAGACCGAAGAUCAGUUUAAAAUUUAAUACAAAAGAUGAAAUGCCUAUCUUCAAGCUUGAUUAUAAUUAUUUCUAUCAUCUGCUUCAUAUAAUUAUUAUUUCUGGUACUGACAUUGUUCGACAAAUAUUUGAUGAGGCUAUGCCACCCCCUCUUUUGAAAAAAGAGCUUCUUAUACACAAGAAUGUGCUGGAAUCCUACUACAACCAUCUUUGGACCAAUCAUCCUUUGGGUGGAUCAUGGCAUCUGCUUUAUCCUCCUAACAAGGAGUUACCGCAAUCCAAACAGUUUGACUUAUGCCUCCUGUUAGCUCUUAUAAAACAUUUAAAUGUGUUCCCUGCACCCAAAAAAGGAUGGAAUAUGGAACCGCCAUCUUCUGACAUCUCUAAAUCUGCAGACAUCCUGAGACUGUGCAAAUACAGGGAUAUCCUCCUUAGUGAGAUUUUGAUGAAUGGUCUCACUGAGUCACAGUUCAAUUCAAUUUGGAAAAAAGUUUCAGAUAUUCUUCUGCGCCUUGGGAUGAUGCAAGAGGAUAUUGACAAAGUGAAGGAGAAUCCCAUUGAGAAUAUCUCCCUUGAUUACCAUCAGCUAUCUGUCUACCUAGGCAUACCAGUACCAGAAAUCAUACAGAGGAUGUUAUCCUGCUAUCAACAAGGAAUUGCUCUACAGUCAAUAACAGGCAGUCAGCGUAUUGAAAUAGAAGAGUUACAGAAUGAGGAAGAAGAACUAAGUCCACCUCUCAUGGAGUACAAUAUAAAUGUGAAAUCACACCCUGAGAUACAGUUUGCAGAAAUUAAUAAAGAUGGGGCCUCAAUACCCAGUGAAUCUUCAACAGAAUCUCUUAAAGAUCUCCAGGAAGUUAAGAGUAAACAAAGGAAAAAGAAGACUAAGAAUAAAAAGAAUAAAGACUCAAAAGAAGACCAAGUCCCAUAUAUGGUAGAAAAGGAAGAGCAGUUGAGGAAAGAACAAGCAAAUCCACACUCAGUCAGUAGACUUAUAAAAGAUGAUGCAAGUGAUGUUCAAGAGGAUUCUGCAACGGAAGACAAGUUCUAUAGCCUGGAUGAAUUGCAUAUUCUGGACAUGAUAGAGCAGGGCUCAGCUGGCAAAGUAACUACAGACUGUGGAGAAAUUGAAAAGGAAAGGCUUGCUCGUCAAAGGCAGCUUUAUAAAUUGCACUAUCAGUGUGAAGAUUUCAAAAGACAGUUGAGAACAGUGACUUUUCGGUGGCAAGAAAACCAAAUGCAGAUUAAAAAGAAAGACAAAAUUAUCGCAUCUCUUAAUCAACAAGUUGCUUUUGGAAUCAAUAAGGUUUCCAAAUUACAGCGUCAAAUCCAUGCUAAAGAUAAUGAAAUCAAGAACCUUAAAGAGCAACUUUCUAUGAAAAGAUCUCAGUGGGAAGUGGAAAAACAUAAUCUGGAAAGCACAAUGAAAACAUACGUAAGCAAACUGAACGCAGAAACUAGCAGAGCUUUAACAGCCGAGGUGUAUUUCUUACAGUGUCGUAGGGAUUUUGGUUUGCUUCAUCUAGAGCAGACUGAAAAGGAAUGUCUCAAUCAGCUUGCCAGGGUGACUCACAUGGCAGCAAGCAACCUAGAAUCACUUCAAUUAAAGGCUGCGGUAGACAGUUGGAAUGCCAUUGUGGCAGAUGUUAGAAACAAGAUUGCAUUCCUCAGGACACAGUACAAUGAACAAAUAAACAAAGUCAAGCAAGGAUUUGCCUUGAGUACCUUGCCUCCAGUCCAGCUUCCUCCUCCACCACCCAGUCCUGAGAUACUGAUGCAGCAGUUCUUAGGAAGACCCCUUGUGAAAGAAUCUUUCUUUAGACCCAUACUUACUGUUCCUCAAAUGCCUGCAGUUUGCCCGGGAGUCGUCUCUGCAACUGGCCAACCUAGAGCCCCCCUGAUGACUGGCAUAGCCUGGGCUCUGCCAGCGCCUGUGGGAGACGCUGUGCCUCCCAGUGCAGGUCUGGGGAGUGAUCCCUCCAUCAUGAAUUGGGAGAGAAUUACAGACAGGCUGAAAACUGCCUUUCCACAGCAAACCAGAAAGGAGCUUACAGAUUUCUUACGGAAAUUGAAGGAUGCUCAUGGAAAAUCCUUGUCUGAACUGACAUUUGAUGAAAUUGUUUGCAAGAUUUCCCAGUUUAUUGACCCCAAAAAGUCUCAGAGUCAAGGAAAAUCAGUGUCAAAUGUUAAUUGUGUUUCACCUAGUCAUUCUCCAUCACAGCCUGAUGCUGCCCAGCCCCCAAAACCAGCCUGGAGGCCACUCACUUCACAGGGUCCUGCCACAUGGGAAGGAGCCAAUAAUCCGGAUGAGGAAGAGGAAGAAGAAGAGCCUUGUGUGAUCUGUCAUGAGAAUCUGUCUCCAGAAAAUCUUUCAGUUUUGCCUUGCGCUCACAAAUUCCAUGCUCAGUGCAUUAGACCAUGGUUGAUGCAACAGGGGACAUGUCCAACGUGCAGACUCCACGUUUUGCUACCAGAAGAAUUCCCUGGUCACCCCAGCCGGCAGUUGCCCAAGAUCUGAUACAAGGUACCCAUGAAGAGAUUAUGAACUACUUGAAGGUGGAGACCGUACGGUGGUGUGUUGGAGCUGGCUUGUAAUGUCUUAUGAGUGACAAUCGUUAGUUUGAGGAAUUUUGUGAGACAGUUGUCAAAUUGUUGCUAGCUUGAAAUCUGCGGCAAUUGGAGUAUUUACACCAUAGAAAUGCUGUAAGUGAAGACCUACCUUUCCCUUAAGAGCUAGUUGUUAAACCUUUACCAGCAUACCACUGGACCUUGUCUAAAAUUUCUUUGUGUUCCCAGUGUCUUGCCCAGUAGAUACAAGAUAAAUAUUGCCAGAAUCAGAUAUCAGGAAGUAGUAAGAAAAGGAGUUAAUAUGCAAACUAAAUCACUCGCUCAAUUGAAUAAUUGAGAUCUUCUGUUCAUUUGUUCCUUGGACCUUAAUCAUUUGCAUUUUGGAGAAAUUUUUUUCUGCUUUAAAAGUCUGUAAUUUCAGUUUUUGUGUCGGGGAGAGGGAAAAACUAUUUGUCUGUAGUUGCUUUUUGUGACAAAGUGAAUACCCACUGGGCUAAGUUGCAUAUCUAAAGCUUGUCACUAAGAAUUUUCAUUUUUAGGGGUCAAAAACCUAUUUUGAAAAUAGUGUUGUGUGAAUGCUGUAAGUGUUGUACAUGUCUCUGGUUUCAGAAUUAAAAGAAUUCAGAGUUA